AAUGCUUGCAAGCAGCUUCAGGAGAGCAGACACAUCGAGCGUGCGCUAUGCCUCGAGCUGGCUGUCGCUGGGUACGAGGUGGUGCUUGAGGUGUACACGAGGGAGGCGUACCCCGCCGACUGGGCGAUGACGCAGAUGAACCUCGGCACCGCGUACUACGACCGCAUCCGCGGCGAGAAGGCGGCCAACCUCGAGGCGGCGAUCGAGCACUCCGAGGCGGCGCUGGAGGUGUACACGAGGGAGGCGUAUCCCGAGGAGUGGGCGAUGACGCAGAACAACCUCGCCGCCGCGUACCGCAACCGCAUCCGCGGCGAGAAGGCGGCCAACGUCGAGGCGGCGAUCCAGCACUGCGAGGCGGCGCUGGAGGUGUACACGAGGGAGGCGUAUCCCGAGAAGUGGGCGACGACGCAGAUGAACCUCGCCACCGCGUACAGCGACCGCAUCCGCGGCGAGAAGGCGGCCAACGUCGAGGCGGCGAUCGAGCGCUACGAGGCGGCGCUGGAGGUGUGCACGAGGGCGGCGUAUCCCGAGGAAUGGGCGAUGACGCAGAUGAACCUCGCCACCGCGUACCGCAACCGCAUCCGCGGCGAGAAGGCGGCCAACGUCGAGGCGGCGAUCGAGCGCUACGAGGCGGCGCUGGAGGUGUACACGAGGGCGGCGUAC